AAUGCGGGUGCCAGACCUUGACGGCGCACCAAAACUGACAUGCGAUCAGCCUGGACAGGCAACCACAUAUACAGCGUUGUUAUUCCAAAUUCCAUUGGGUGAAUAACGUGAGAACGCAAUUUUUGGGGCAACCAGUCGGUCGGUCUGUGCGAGAAUUAAGACGAUUGGCAGCGCAAUUAAAGUGGCCAGAAAUCGGGAAAAGGAUGUAGUGGAUGAUCCGCGUGUGGAAAGCGGCAACGGGAUGACGAUUAAAAAGUAAUAAAGAAAAGUCGGUUAUCGAUUGUGCCAACAUGAACUGAUACGGACAAGAGCCGCGCAGUGCAGUACAGUGAAUUUUGUGUACGGCAAUCAUGGCGAAUCCGAGGAAAUUUAGUGAAAAAAUCGCGCUACACACUCAUCGACAAGCGGAGGAGACGGCCGCCUUCGAGAAGAUCAUGAAAGAGGUCUCGGACGUUAAGGUAGCGUCGCCUCACGUCGACCGGUCUGCGCAGUCGAAAAAUUCGCUGCGCAUCGGGUCGGGCCAAGCACUGGGCGCAUUUCGGGGCGGAUCACUGCCCGACGUUUCGACGCCCCGCCCCGGCGUCAAGUCGCCGUCGCCCCCCGUGUCUAAGCCCAAUGAGGAGCCGCCCCAGUCUCGAAUGGUCAAUAUGGGGCCGCGACAGAGCCGGACUCGAUCGCCCGGCGGCCCCAUUCGUAGCAGCCGAGAGCGAAAAGCGUCGCCCUAUUCGAGCAGCACGUACCUGAGCCCCCCAUCGGAAAGUGGGUGGCGUCGUACCCAUAGCGAUUCUGCACUACAUCAAAGUGCGAUGCAGGGAAUGGGCAUGGAAAGGAAUGAUCCCGCUCAGAGAGUGUCUUGGGGCAUGUUGCCCAACAUGAACGGUCCAGAUAGGAAUGCCGAUGGAAGGCCGCGAUCUAGUUGUGAUAUACCCCGAGUACCUGGUAUUCACAUUUACCCGUCAGCGCACGAUCCUGGCAUGGUCCAGAUUCCCAUCGCAAAUACGGGCUCAUUGCCUGAUUUAACGAAUAUGGACUUUACGUCUCCGAUCCAUGCGCCCCUUGAUCAAGAUCAAGACAACAGUUCACCUUAUAGUUCUAGUCCCAUCAACACGAGUCCAUCAACGCUAUCGCCUACCAGUAUGAUGCCUGGUAUACGAAACCAUAAUCGCUUUAAUUUUACACCGCCCAUAUCACAGUCCCUUUCGAAUCAUUUAUCAGUUCCAAGUAAUUCUAGGUAUUUUAGGGUUCACCAACGAUCUUAUUCACAGAGUGAUAAAAACAUCGCGUUGGAAAAUGCCGAUUUUUCGCAGUUAGGUGCGCUAUCUGGAAUGUACCAGCAACCAGGAUCUCCAGCUUCUCCAGUGCAAUUACCUCAAAUGGACGGCUAUAGAAGUUCGAGGCCCAGUCCGCAACCAUCACCGACUUUAGGGGGCCGACACUCAGCCCCGUGCAGUCCAGGGGAGCCGAGUCCCUUGCAGAACGACUACCAUAUUCACAGUCAAAACAUGCAGUUUCAGCAGCAUUUCGAGCAACUAACAGUGGACUGGGCGCAGCUAGUAGCCAGCCUAGUGGAGUCCGGCUGUACGUGGACCGCGCAACUCGAGUCGGACCCGCCCAUUAGCCAGAUGUCCUACGCAGAUCAGGCAACAAGUCCGCGAAUGUCGCACGCUCAGAACAUGCCCGAAGUGUCUUCUGACGCUGGAUACUACAGCACUUCGCCGUCCCAGCAACUAGUCUAUCCUUCGCCCUCUCCAGGCCUUCAGAACACGUCGCCAAAUACUCCAACUAGUUUACCGGAAAUUAUUCUAACAGAUUUCUCAGCAGGCCAAGAUAUUAACAGACAAUUAGAUAGUGAGUUCUUAACAGACGAACAGCUGAAGGAGGGUUUGGGUGCGCUCGAUUUCGCCGAGCUGCAAAUGCUGAACAACAUUGGCGGAAUGCCGGAAAUCGUUGAGGACUACAGAUCAUAACAAAGGGACUUUCCUCUGUAAAGUCGUCAAUGUCCACAUGCGUGCCAGAUUCGCAUCAUUUUUCGAUAUUUGAUCUGGACUACUAAGUGUGAUUGUUAGGAUUAGUGGACUUUUAGCAAAGUGUUACCAACCGAAGAUGCGCCGUUGGGACAAGAACAAAAUCGCGUAAUGUUGAUGAUAGAAAAUGUUCAUUCUUGUACAUUAAUUGUUCGUGUGAGUCUGCGGAAGGCCAGAUCUGGGCGGGAAUUCUGCCCGGUAAGUUUUGGCUUUUUCCCAGACCGAUCUCUUAUCGGUAAAUCAUAAUCUUUGUUGUCUCACAAUUUCAACGUGUAGGAUUUCGGGCGUUUAGAUGUGACUUAAAUGGAAAACAAUUAAUAUCAAAGACUGAAGGUCUUUAAACGACUGCUAAAGAUAUAACGAUUUUAUUUGGGGAAAUUAGAGAUAAUUACUUUACCAAAUAUUUAUAGAUUGGUUACAUUUUUUAUAUAUUGUAUAAAUUGUUUACAUUAGGGAAUAAAUGAAGAUUUUAUAUAACAAGUGCCGACUGGCUGACGAUUUUUUAUGUUUGUACAGACAUUGUUUAUUAUGGAUUUAUUGUUUGUUUUUUUUGUUGUUGUAUUGACAAAUCUCACAGCUUGUAUCCAGGCAUGGUGGUUUUUAAGUGUUGUUACUGCAUAAAUCACUUUUUUUGUUGAAUAAAUCCCGGUAUACAACAA